AUGAAAGUUCACAACCAAGAUCGCGCUUAUAAGACCGUCAUGGUCAGUGAUGAGAUGCGAGUUGGGGAGGUAUGUGAAAUUAUGCUGGAGAAGAAUCACAGAGACGAUUCAAUCAUCCACUGGCAACUAUUUGAAGAGCGCGGGGACCUCCCUGGAUUUGAAAGACCCAUCGAGGACCACGAAUUCGCGAUGGAUUUGCAAAGGUGGUGGCCAGCAGCAGUCACACCGAGUCGUAUUUGGUUCAGAUACAAUCGAAGAAAAUACAGCUUUUCAGAUAAUCAGGAGCACUUGAUUGAAGGAUCUUAUAAGUAUGCGAAUCGAAGCACACUCUACAAGAGUCUCUCAUUUCCGGGCAUCUCAGAGGGUAUUGUCCACCUCAAAAGACCUCAAGCCAAGUGGACAAGGGUCUUUUGUUUUAUUAUGAUGUCAGCAAUCUUUUAUACAAAAAGGACCCACAACAUAUCCAAAAAGAAAGCCAAAUAUCUGCUUGAUUUGACCAACAUGGAUGUCUAUGUGCCCAGAGUGGAGACCGAUGUGUUGAGCGUACUGAACACUCCGACUCCGCAUACUUUACUACUUGUGCCCUCUUCCAUUGGAUUGCUUGAUCCCGAGGCUAUUUUUGCUAUUGGGUUGAAAAGUCGAGAAUAUCUGCUGGGCUGGGCAGAAGGGUUGCGAUUUUACAAGCACGGACAACACAGGCUGAUGGAGAAUCUUGAGGAUGCACUGAAUAACAGAUAUCGCCUCCAAAACCAGAAAGUAGUACAAAAUAGUCCGCCCGAAGAAGGCACCCACAGUCAAGUCCAACAGACAUCGUUCAUGUACGGUCAGAACCGGCCUCCACAACAAGUCGAAUACACAAUCAAUUGCACGCCGAGAGAUGGAAGCUCCACCGAUACCAGACCCUGGGGGACUUAUUAUCAGCAGACAUACGCUGAGAUUGAUGAUGUCCCACGGACUGAGAGCCAUUCAUUCGUUCCAGCAAUGAGCCCGAAAAAUGCGCAGUUCCCCACGCGUGCAACGACUUCCUCCGCACCAAAAAACUACAGGACGGUUUGCACAAAUUCCCAAUUGAGGCAAGUCCAUUACAAUCGCGGAAUCGAUGAAAAGCGCUACAAAUUGACCUUCCGCAGUGAAAGAUUCGACACCCUUAGUGAUUUGUCUUGCUUCUAUGAGAGAAGACGUCACCUCCUGGUCGGCAACAACGACUUUUCUAGCGUGCAACCGAACCGUCUGCCAGGGGACUCUUCGGCAGCCUUCUAA